AUGCGACAAAUCUACAGGUCCGGCAAUCUCGUCGGCUCCCACGAAGCAAAAGAGAGGACUUCUUUCUUUUGGCAUGCUGAAGGUCCAACAGACCACCGUGUUGAACACAACGGCUCCGAUUUUCCGUCCUCCUCCAUCAAAAGAACACGCAGACGCUUUGUUAACGAUUACAAUGACCAGUCACUAGCGGCCGGGCCGCCAUAUCAAGGUUUCGUGCAGGAAGGCCCAAUGAAGGAGCCAAGUGACGGGAUUCAGCAGCUGAAUCAUGCUGCUAGGCAGACUUUACCCCACAACACAUGGAACGAUGGCCUCCUCGAAUAUUCUAGUCUUUCUCCAUUGAACCCUUCUCAACAUGAUCCUGCAGUUCAGAAAAGCAAGUCGAGGAAGCGUAAGGCGGUCGCUCAAUCUUCGACAGAUAUUCGCGGCUCAGGUGAUGAUUUCUUCAAAGACGAGGACAAUGACCUUGACGGUCAUCUUUCUUGUAGCUCCUACGAGGAUGCAGCGCUUAACAAAAGGAGAAAAGUUGCUCAACAGAGCGUCAAGGGUCAGACUCGCGGUCCUAUGCAUAGGACCACCAAAAAGACUGGAAGAGACUUCAGGCCAACAGUCCGACGGUCGAAGGUCUUCGACUCGGCAUCGAAUCAGGUGGCUUUUCAAUUGCACGGAAAAUUCUUCCUUUCCGGCAGAAUUGCUUACGAUGAGCACCAUGAAAGAGAUAUCAUCUACAAGCGGAAUACUUUCGCCGUGACUGAUUGCUCAUACAAAAUCCUCACAAACCCAGAGGGGCCCGUGGAUGAGUGUCUCUAUCUCGAACUCCAUGGUCUACGCCAUCGAAUUGCGUCCUUGGCUCUCCAGAUAGGAGAGCAUCGCGAACCCGCCAACCGCGAGAAGACUGGGCUUCAACAGUUCACUAGCGCAAACCGGGAUACAAAGCGAGUACCUCCUCCGUAUCGCAUGACCCCUUACUUGCAGGAAGACGAAACGGAGGAAAGUGUCAUUAGCGCAGCUCGAAGCUUUCCCAAGUCAACCGGUGAAGCAAAGGCUGGGGUAUCAGGAACGUGCAUGUGGGAAAGAGUCUCCCUUCUCUUUGGUACGGGCAACAAUGGGAACCGCAGGGAAAAGCAGACCUUUUCCUGCGUCACGAUAUCUCUUAUCGCCAAUCUCGGGGAUGGCCGAGAGGUAGAGGUUGCAAGCUGCAGCUCCGACUCCUUCAUCGUUCUUGCUCGAUCGCCCGCUGGUAUCAAAAACAAGCCGCAGGAGAAGAAGUCGCAGAAGCCGAAGAGGGGCAGACCAUCAGCAGCUAAUGGGAGAUCUCGGCGCCACGCAAAUGUUAUCACAGAAGAAGCUGAGAAUGUCGAUGGAUAUUUCGGUUACAAUGCCAACGAUGAUGGCGACAAUGACCGCGGUGUGGAUGUCAAUGAUACCGCUCAUAACGUUGCCGUGGGUUCAACUCAGCAACAUCAUGCUGCAGUUUCCAGUACGACUGGCACAGUAAGCUCAACAUCCCAUCAGCAAGGAGUGAUGUCUGGGAGACCAAGAUAUGAAGCGAUUCUAACACGAGGCGCUAGCGCCUACGAGGAGCCGGCUCCCCCUUACCAUGAUACGCAGCGACCCUGGAAGAACCCUUACCAUAAUUACGGUUUUGAUGCCAUGGUUCAACAGACAAGCUAUCCGCAGCCGGUGGGAGUCUCCAACGGCGACAGCAGGUUCCUAACCAACGACUUCUCGAAUCUCCAGAAUCCAUUGACAUCCCCGGAUUACUUCACUGAUCCUGGCCUGACCACUGGACCGACGACGAUAUCGCCAGCUACAGACUUGCAGAAUCCAGACCUCAACAACUUCACCACCAUCUUCGAUCCUGAUGAAACGAAUGCAGAGCCGGAGCAGAAUAUUGAAUAUGCAAUACCGCCGGUCAUGGGUCUGGACAGCGGCUUUUCGGAUCAAUUUGGUGCUCGCAAGGCCCAGACAGAGAACCAGCGUGACAUCCCAUUCCCUGACGAGCUCUUGUUGGAGGUGGGUGUCCAAGACUACAGUGAUCUCGAACGGGAAAGGCUAUUGAAUUUCAUUGAUUCGAUUGAUUCUUCUCCUUGGGGGUACCGUUGA